GAGCGGACGUGACGUCAUUAGACGUGGUCGGAGGGAGCACAUGGUGACUCGCAAUGUUCGAGUGGGCUUGAACCGCUAGUUUGACGUCCAUUCGAAGCUGCUUUGACACUUGGACCGCGCUCACUGAAAAGGGAGGUCAAGAAUAAAGUUUUUGGUCAUUACCCACGCGGUCUCUGUGUACAUAGCGUCGCUAUUUUUUUAUUUCGUAAUUCACAAGUGCAUAGAGCCGUGAAGGUGCCAUUGGAUCUCAUGGCAGAAUACCUUAUUGGCGGAGGAACCGGCGAUAAUGUCCCAGAGGACGGACUGACGGGCCAGCAGUUGGUAAACAAAGGUGAUGGACUCACAUACAACGACUUCCUCAUUCUGCCGGGCUACAUUGACUUCACGGCAGAUCAAGUGGACCUGACCUCAUCGCUUACCAAACAAAUCACAAUGAAAACUCCCUUUGUGUCUACCCCCAUGGACACAGUCACUGAGGCCAGCAUGGCCAUCGCUAUGGCAUUAACAGGUGGCAUCGGCUUCGUCCACCACAACUGUACGCCAGAAUUCCAGGCCAAUGAAGUCCGGAAAGUCAAGAGGUACGAGCAAGGCUUCAUCACAGACCCGGUGGUGAUGAGCCCUCAGCACUUGGUGCGCGACGUCUUCCAGGCCAAGGCCCGCCACGGCUUCUGCGGUAUUCCCAUCACUGAUGACGGCAAAAUGGGGAGCAAACUGGUUGGCAUCAUCUCUUCGAGGGACAUCGAUUUUCUCAAGGCGGAGGAACACAACCUGCCUCUCAGUAAGGUUAUGACAAAGCGAGAGGAUCUCGUUAUUGCUCCUGCUGGCGUGACACUGAAACAAGCCAAUGAAAUCCUGCAACGGAGUAAGAAAGGCAAACUUCCCAUCGUUAAUGAAGACGGCUGCCUGGUGUCCAUCAUUGCCCGAACUGACCUUAAGAAAAACAGAGACUUCCCUCUAGCCUCCAAAGACUCUAGAAAACAGCUGCUAUGUGGUGCAGCCAUCGGCACACAUAAUGAUGACAAAUACCGCCUUGAUCUGUUGGUGCAGAGCGGCGUGGAUGUGAUUGUACUGGAUUCUUCUCAGGGUAACUCAAUAUUCCAAAUCAACAUGAUCAAAUAUAUCAAAGAGAAGUACCCUGCCCUGCAAGUCAUUGGUGGCAAUGUGGUGACCACUGCUCAAGCUAAAAACUUGAUUGACGCAGGAGUGGAUGGACUAAGAGUCGGGAUGGGCAGCGGCUCCAUUUGCAUCACACAGGAAGUUCUGGCCUGCGGCAGAUCUCAAGGCACAGCAGUCUAUAAGGUGUCCGAGUACGCCAGACACUUUGGUGUGCCCGUCAUCGCCGAUGGUGGCAUUCAGACUGUGGGACACAUCGCCAAAGCCCUGGCACUUGGCGCAUCCACAGUGAUGAUGGGCUCUCUGCUGGCUGCCACCAACGAAGCUCCUGGUGAAUAUUUCUUCUCAGAUGGCAUCAGGCUAAAAAAAUACCGUGGCAUGGGCUCUCUGGAUGCCAUGGACAAAAACCUGGGGUCCCAGACGAGAUACUUCAGUGAAAGUGACAAGAUCAAAGUUGCUCAGGGUGUUUCGGGAGCUGUGCAGGACAAAGGUUCCAUCCACAAGUUUGUGCCCUACCUGUUGGCUGGCAUUCAACACUCCUGUCAGGAUAUCGGCACCAAGAGUCUCACUCAGCUCCGAGACAUGAUGUACAGCGGAAGCCUGCGAUUUGAAAAGAGGACAGCAUCGGCUCAAAUGGAGGGUGGCGUCCACAGUCUACACAGUUAUGAGAAGCGUCUGUUUUGAAGAACCUUCAGCUGGAGACAGUCCUUCCUACGUUAUGAUGGCAAAACUCUCCAGGUUUUUUUUGCCAUAUUCUAUUCAUAUUGUCACACUCGCACUUGUGCACAUAUGCAUGACCUCAAAGCAUUUCUAUUCAUCAAGUCUUCCAGUUAAUUAGUGUCUUCUAUGCAUCCUGGAAUAAUGUGUCAAGGACAACGAAGCCUUAUGAGUAAGUGAUCUCUAAUGCCUUCCAUGUUGUUAUAGAAAGUGUCCACUAUAUGGAUGUGUUCAUUUUCAAAGAAUAAAAGUUACACUAUUUUUCACAAAA